AUGUCUCAGCGCUUUCUCUUCGACGGCGCUCCCGAGCAACCUGGAGUUCGGAGCGAGCCGUCUCCUGCUGCACAACAUGCCCCGCCUCACGAUGCUAUCCUUCGCGACUCUGUCCAACACAUUGAAUCGUGGGACAUUCCCCGAACUGGUGUCUCGUCAUACAUCCCUACGGCCCGCAACAUGUUUGCGAUGCUAGAAGCAAUGUGUUCCAGAGCUUGGGAACAGACUCAAACCCCCAGCCGUCGUUUUCACAACAGCGGCCCCGGAUUCUUCACUCCUGUUCUCUACCUUUACUACAGUCAUGUGGUUUACUUCCACAUCCUCCGCGCUCGUGCUUCUGCUCUCGGACCCGCUCUCCCUAGAGCGGAGGAAGAGCUACUUGAUCAGUACAAAAACAUCGCACCCGCUGAGAGGUGGCCGGUUGCUGCACCACUCAUUGGUUUUAUUCAAGCCAUGGGAGCUAACAAACUAGACGACAGUUACUAUUCCGAGCCAUCGGUCGUCCCGUCUCUCCCAGAUUUUGGCCAUCUCCAGGAAAGCAGUGGGCUCGUUGGCUUGGAGAAAAUUCCAGGUAUGCUUCGCCUUCCGAUCAUACCUGCGCUCCAGAAGCUGGUCCACAAUUUCGGAACCGGCGACGCAGAUUUCAAAGAUGAUGGGGCCAUGCACCCUGUCGCUCUCCCACUCAGCGAAAACCACCAGUUCAUUGGUAUUUCAUCCUCUGGCGCUGAUAGCCAAUCUUUUCUUGCCGUCACCUCCAAUUUGUGUUGGCACGCACCCUACGAUUAUGAUGAUGUCUAUGGAUCCAUCGACAUCAGUGAUAUACGCCGCCGCGUCUCUCGAUGGAACGUUCCCGACGUUCCAAACAACGCAACGCUCAACACCGCUGAGUCGUUUCUCGGGCUUGCUUCCAAUCUUGACUGGAUGAAGCACCUGCUGAACACCGCGACUUCCAUCAAUCGGUUCUUUCCCAACUCGACCACUCUGUCCGAGAUCCCGCCCUCUACGUCCCUGGGCAGCCUUACCCACGUUGAGUACUUCUGUGCACCGCGUACUCCCCUCACCGCACAAGAGGACACUUGGUACUACGACCGUGCCCACUUCACUCUCAAAUUCAAAGGCUUUUUGAAGCAGAAAGACGGACGGCUCGAUACAAAACUCGGAGUUGCAACAUCAACCAAUGCCGAAUUCACUGGCUAUUUCCCCGAAUGCUCUGCCGGUGCCAGUCCCAACCGCAAAGGGGCAUUCUUCGAGGACGAUGACGAAGCACAAGAGAAUCGAGAGGCAACCUUCCUCAGCGAAGGCUUCUCCGAGCUUGACCCUGUCAAUCGUUACAUCGACCUCAUCAGCCGGCCUGAGUACUUUGACUCAACUGGAAGCAGCACCGUGAACUAG